AUGAAGAUAGGACGGAUGAGAUGGAGAAAUUACUUGAAAAUUGAUGGGGCGGUAACCGGAAGUAAGAACAGGAGGAGAGAACGUGAGGAAGAGGAUGAAGAUGAUGAACCAUGCGCAGAACGCCGACCGGAAAUAGAUGCUUCGCUCGACCGGAAACGGAAACGCCACAAAUGUCCCCACAAUCCAACCGGACUGCCCAAAACUACUGAGCCAUGCACAUUCUCCGAGUACAACAAUCAGUACUUGCCCCACCCGCUAGAGGCCACCAGAAGCUACAAGCCCGAGGUCAAAGUUCACACAAACUCAGGGCCCAUGGACGAUCUGACCACGCAUAAAGUGGAUUACGUUCCGCAUGCAGUAGCGGAAAAAAUUCAGCCAGUGAAGGAGAAGUACCAGGCACCAGAGGGCGACAUGGACCUGAUGACCAACUACUCCAAAGAAUAUACAGAGAAGCCCUUGCAGCCGUUGAAAGCGAGCCGGCCUGCAGUGUACAGGAAGGCAGCUGGAAAGUUUGAAGCCGAACCGACGUACGCAGCUGAUUACCGCGAGUGGGAAAUGCAACCGAGAGAGCGAGCCAAAGGAGAACCGAAUCUAUACCGACCACCCGACCAGCCCUUCGAUGCCAGCACCAACUAUCAGAACGAGUUUUUACCGAAACGAGUCGAGCCGAGAAAGAAUAUGAAACCGAUGGAAUCGAAUGUGCUGCCGGACCAACCAUUCGACGGCGAUACACAUUAUAAGCAGGACUACAUCCAACACCCUCUGGCCAUUCGCGAGGUGAAGGACAAACCGACGUGGAAGCCCAACGACGCCCCCCUAGAUGACUUGUCCCACUACAAAAAAGAUUUCACACCGAAGGCGGCCGAUCGGGCCAACAACUUCAAACCCGAGUCGAACCCCUACAAGUCGGAGGCCCCGUUCGAUGGAGACACUACCCAGAAAACUGAUUAUGUGCCAUGGGCAGUGGAGAGAAGAGAUCAACCGAGAGAGAGAGAGGCUUACAAAAAGCCAGACGGUGAUUUCGACCACCUGACUACAACCCAACUGGACUACAUACCUAAGGCAUUUGAGAAGCAGGUUUACAGGAAACCGAUCGAAGCUAUGAAACCGACCGGCAGAUUCGACGACACCACCAAUUAUAAGUCGGAGUAUUUGCAAUGGAAACCAUCGAGUGCAAGCAGGCCAGUUCAGAGGCCCAAGGAGGAGUACGUUCCGAACGAAGCACCAUUCGACGGUCUGCCCAUUUACCAGUCAGACUAUCAACGUCACAAUGGAGCAAUGGCGGCCCGCAGUUUGAAGCCAGCAAUCAGCGAAUACACUCUAGAUAAGGGCCCAAUGGAAGAUUGGACGGAAUAUAAAAAGGAAUUUUACAAAAAAGAGGCCCCCUUAUGUCCCGCGGCCCUCCUGGCCGUAGGGAGGGAGCACACCCCAUACAAGUUCAUGCACUCAGACGAUGACGGUCACAAAUGGUUUGAAAUGCCGAACUUUCCCAGAGGACAAUUGGGCUUGACCGGCAAAUCUGGCUCAGCCACUUACAUUGUGGGAGCUAGAUAA